UUCGUCUGAAUUACAGGCACACAUUUUAACAAUCAGUUGGACGUUCUGUCAAGUGAAACUACAGAUUACAUACCAGCAUCAAUCAUGAAAAUAGAAAGUAUUGCCACUUCGGAAGAAACGAACAUUGCAAGCAAUUGCAAGUUUAUAACAAUUGGGGACAGAAUGAAACCUCUUUUGAUGUCCAUGAAAAUAUUUGGAUUCUACUUUGAUCCACAGCAGGAUAGCAAUACAUUGGAACAGUCUCAGCAUGGACGUAAGAGAAUAUCUACAUGGCUACUGGCAUUCUUCAGCCACCGAGUGUAUUGUUACAUGGUUCUUCUUUUGCUGUGGUCCAACUUUGUCCGAUGUGUUGUUGGCAUAUUCCCUCUUAAUGAAAGCUUACCUUUGAUGUUAAUCUUCACAUCCUGGUACCUUCAGUGCUCACUGAAUGCAACUAUUAUGAUUGUUUCAUGUCAAAGACUGAGUCAUUUGCGAUCCUUCUUCCAACACUGGGAUUCGCUUUUCGACAACAAUGUGACAAAAGAAAUCGGAUGUGGAUUCAUAUGCCCAAUUAAGUAUUUGAAGGUUGCGACAUCAUGUGGAUGGGCUUUGUUCUUCAUCAACAUUGCUUCAGUUUUUACAAUCACUCUUGGCAAUUUGUCGACAUCGAAGCCUUUCCUUGGUGCCAUUGUUCGGCCGUUUCCAGAGGAACAAUGGGCAGUCGCACUCAGUCUUAUCUUGCAUUCUUUAAACGCUGGUGCAUGGGUAUUUCCUGUCAUCUUCGUGGUCGUAGUGUCCAGGGUCAUCCAGGGUCAGUUCCUCAGAUUUGGGCAGGUCCUUUCCAAGCAGAUCAAGGAAGCAGAUGACAACAUCCCUGAACGUCUGCCAGAACUGAGAUCUCGCUACACACAGCUUUGUCAGGCUGUGGAUAUCAUCAACAGAACCUUCAAAUGGAUCCUCGGACUAUCGUUGUUCCUUCAGGUUCUCCUGGCCUGUUUUAUUACGUAUCAGAUGAUAAAUGACCCUCAGGAGACGUUUACAACUUCUACCCAUUUAUUUUGGCUUGGAAGUUGUUUUGUGAUCAUAAUAUUGCUGACAAGGUGCAGUUCAGAUGUACAUGACUCGGCCCAUUCUUUACUGGAUGAUAUUUUCAACAUUGGGACAAAAAACGCCACUUCAGAACUUCUAGGUCAGCUGAACCUCUUUGUCGCCAAGUUGACAGGAACAUCCACCGGAUUCACGGCCAUCAACUUCUUUGUCAUCACAAACGAGUUCCUGUUGACUUUGUGUGGACUGUUCAUCACCUACUUCUUCCUCCUGCUGCAGUUCAAGAUAUAGGCUGACACCGGGUGGCCGCAUUUGAUCAGAUCCGUGUAUACUGGAUAACAGUUUCACAAAUGGGUCAAACAGCUGACACAUUGAGACACAGUAACGGCAAUUGCAGAUGU